AUGGCAUUUUAUUCAAUCUCAGCUAAUCUGAGCAUGGAUCUUCAGGAGGCACUGCAUGAAGAUGUAUCAGUUUCAGCGAGGAAUGUAAAUAAUUGGGUUGGUACAACAUUUCUCACACCCUUACGUUGUUGGACAAUUGCAUCGGUCUCCUGCAGUUAUUUUGUGGCGCUUGCAUUGGUUGUCAUGUCUGUAACUUUUUCGACUCCGAAGCCGCAGUUUGUGGCGCUGGCAUUGCCAACUUCAUUGCAAGUAGGCUUCUUCUACAUGUCCUUAUACCUGAUGGCCUUGGGAGCCGGAGGAAUCAAAUCCUGUGUCGCAAGCUUUGCCAGUGAUCAGUUUGACGACGGGAACAGGAAAGAAGCCAAGCGCAAGAUGUCUUUCAUGAUUUGGUGGUUUGUGGGAAUAAGCUUUGGAACCAUGUGUUCUGUCAGCUUCUUGAUGGGAGAUUCCUGCACUUAUCUCUUAUUUCACGACCACAACAUUCCUCUGGUUACUCCUUUGUAUCGCCACCGAAAGCCGAUCAAAAAUCCUUUUGCUCGAGUCGCCCAGGUCAUCGUUGCUGCUUGCCGCAAGUACUCUGUUGAGCUGCCUCAUGAUGACGACUUACUCUACAAGAUUGAUGAGAAGGAGGCACUUGGUCCUGCCAACUGCAAACUUCCUCACACCCAGGAUUUCACAUUUUUGGACAAAGCAACGGUACCAGGGGAAGAAGUGAUCAUCUACAACUGCAAAGAUGCGCGACCAGAUCCUUGGAAGCUGUGCACUAUGACGAAGGUGGAGGAAGUCAAACUGCUGACCCGCCUGCUUCCAAUCUGUAUUGAAUCUCAUGGCUCCACCAUGAACAGAAAGAUUGAGACCAUUGGCUUUCAGAUACCUGCUGCAUCAUUUCCACUAUUCGUCACAUUCACAAUCUACUCGCUCCCACUGUAUGAUCAGUUUUUUGUUUCAUUCAUGCGGAGAUUCACGGCUGAAGAGAGGGGCAUAUUUUUGCUGCAAAGAUUUGAAGUCGGCCAGGUCGUGUCCACUUUGUCAAUAAUAGUCGCUGCAUGUGACUAUAGUGCUACUUUAAAUCUUCCUAUGUCAGUCUUUUGGCUCACUCCUCAGCUAAUGUCACUCCCAGAAAUACUGCAAAUGCUCAACUCGGAGGUCACUCGGAGGUCGCAUAGUGCAGCGUAG